GGCAUCCCACGGGGGUUAGGGGUGGGCAGCACUGAUGAGAGGAACCCCCCGGGUCUGGCGUGGGGGGCAUGAGCAGGGGAAGGGGGUGAGGUCACACAUGGGGUGGCACUGCUCGGGGACACCGCAGGGACAAAGGCGUGUCCCCUGAGUGGGCAGGGGGACAGGGCCCCCUCCUCCCCUCCCCACGGCAGAGCGGGGGUCAGAGCCGUGCUGGCUCCGCUGUCCCUGGCACGGCGGCCCCGGGGGCCCUGCACCCUGCCGGCUGCUGCCCUCGGGUGACCCCGCACGCAGGAUUUUGGCACCGGCCCUUCCCUUUCAGAGAUGAAAUCUUCCCCUCCGGGCUAUGCUCUGCCAAGUGGAAAAAUCCCAAAACAAGGCGGCUUGGAGCACAAAAACGCCUCCGCCCUACGGGACGCAGGGAACAGACUGACAAAGGGGACAGGGGUGACACGCACACCUCGGUGUCCCCGCCGGAAUCCGCUCCCUCAGCCCCAUCCCAGCCGGGCACAGCUCCAUCCCCACAGUGUCCCGGGGCCCCCGAGGGGACAGGACACGGGUGGAGGGACAAAGCUGCAGCCACGGGAGAGCUGGCCCGGUGGUGUGGGGGGAAUGGGGCGGGCACGGGGAUGAAGGAUCAGCCCAGCUUGGAAACAGCUGCAAUUCCAUAAAACCUUGGCUCGUUUAGGUUGGAAAAGCCCUCGAAGACCAUCCAGUCCAACCGUUCCAGCACUGCCAAGGCCACCCCUAUCCCACGUGCAUCCACACGGCUUCUGAACCCCUCCAGGGCUGAUUUGGGGAUCACUCCCGGAGUGAGGAGGGAAGGCAGCAGCGGGACAUUCACUGCCCUUGGCCACGGCGGUGUUUACAGCCCCUUUUGGGAAGGGUUAUUCCCAAUUUUCUCGCUGCCAGGACCUGCCUGGGCACAGCCAGGGCCUGCAGGCUCCGGAGGGAAGUGGGGCACGGUGGCCCCGCGGGCGGAGCUGCCUCUCGCCCCGGCACGCUGGGCUGGCCCCGGCGCUCUCCCGUCUCGGGGAAAAGCCAACCCUGCCCGAACUUUCCUCACCCCGACUGGUUCACGUCCCUGCUGCUGCCCGGCUCCCAGGGAAGGAGCGGGAGCUGUUCCCUGGCACCGCUCACAGGAAGGACAAACUGACUUCAAAGUCCGGGAGCAACCUCCCCGUAUCUCGGGUGCCCUUUUACCCCAGCCAAAAAUCACAGCCAAACCCCCUUUGACAUUGGCAUCACCUUCCUUGUUCCUGCAGCGAGCCCGGAGCUUGGACCUGGGAACAUUGACUGCUCCAGAGCGGAGGGGAACCUAAUCCUGCCCGGAGCGCAGUGCCAGCGGGGCUGACGCCAGCAGCGCUCAUUCCUGUCCCUCCGGCAGGUCCCUGUCCCCCGGGAACCCCCACCGGGGGGACAGGGAAGCCCCCGCGGGGACAGUGUCCUCAGCCCCGGCUCAGAUGCCACCGCGGCAGCUUUAAGAUCAAAUACCCGGUGUCCCCUCUCAGCUGCCAGCAGGGCAAAAAGGAUUCGAGCCUGUGCCUGUGCCCCAUCUGUGUCCCCCGUGCCGGGCACGGCUCUGGGGGUGACAAAGAGCUCUGUCCCGACCUUUCCUUCCUCUGCCCGAGCGUGCCCACCAAGGAUAACAAAUGUUCCAUCAAUCCAUUAAUAACGUUUUCAUCUCCCUGCCAACCCGCGGGGGCUGUGGGCACGGCCCAGGCAGGGCACGGGGCACGGCGAGGGGGCAGGAGGUGGUGGCAGCAGCGGUGACAGUGGCAGCGGCAGGGCAGGGGAAGUGCCGGGCUGAUGCCAUCGCCGGCGCGGGGGCGCUGGGAAAGCACGGCACAGCCCCGGGGAGCAGGGCCGGGCUCGGGGAGCGGCGCCCCCAAAACCUGGGGGGGCUGAGCCCAGUCCUGUGCCAAGGCUCUGUCCCAAGGCACCGUCCCGGCGGUGCUGGGAGGGGCUGGGGGCCGUGCCAGCCUCGGGAGGGACCCUCUGCAGGGCACCAGAAUGCUGAAAGGUGUUUCCACCUCUGGACAGAGGAUCACACACUCCUGGAAUGGUUUGGGCUGGAGGGGAGCACAAACCUCACCUUGUUCCACCCUCCACUGUCCCAGGCUGCUCCAGCCCGGUCCAGCCUGGCCCUGGAUCCAGGGGCAGCCACAGCUGCUCUGGGCCUCCCCAGCCUCACAGGGAGGAGUUUCUUCCUAAACCCAGCCUAACCCUGCCUCAGUUUCCAUCAGGCUCCAAGGAACACCUGAGCAAAGCACAGAGAGCCCCAAACACGAGGGGGUUGGAAAGCCGGGGCAGUGGAGCUGCCUCGGAGGAAGGCGACAGCAGCUGAGAUUCCUGAGCAGGGGAAGGAGGAAUCUGCGGGGAAGAGCCGGGUGUGAGCCGGCCCCGCUGCCCAGGGAGCUCUGAGCAGCAGCCCCGGUGCUCAGGAGGAGAUAAGGACCAGACAGUCAAAGGGCAGCGGGAGAUGGGGCUGGGAAAUGCAGGAACCCGCAGCUCCCGGGAGCUCUGACACCUGUCCCGGCAGAGCUCCACAUCCCACCGCGCUGUGCCGCUCCAGAUGUGCCACCUGGGGCCAGAUGUGCUUGUCCUCCCCCAGACGAGACGAGCUGGCUCCAGAUGUGCACGCUGGCCGUGCGGCCCCAGCUGUGUGCCCCGGGCACCGAACACUCCCAGGACAUCCCAAGGCUGAAAUUCCCACUAAAACUGAACCCCCCGGUCCUGCUCGGGUGUGUGUCACCGCACAAACCAGCCCUUCCUACCGCCACACAGGCACAUGGCACACACAGUACACAUUCUAUACAUUACACAACCACACCACCCCGCGAGGUGCCGGCAGCUCCCGCUCUCCCUUCCACAAAAAAUCCCCCUGGAUCAACCAAGACCCGGAGCAGCCGGGUUUGCUGGCAGCGGGAGGCUCUGCCUUCCCCCGGGGCGGUGAAUUCUGUUCCCCGACAUUUCCUCCCUCGAGGCAGAGGCGGGAGCGGUGCGGGGUUUCCUGUGGUUGCAGUGUCUAAUGAGGUUAACACUGUUUUUGAGGUUUAACUCUUGAAGAGGCGCGAGGAAGGAAGCGCCGGGCUCUGCCGAGCCGGGCUCUGGGAGCGACGGAGGGAGCCGGGGGCUGCAGAGCCCCGGAGCAUCCCUGGAGCAUCCCUGGGAUCUCCCGGGUCUGGGAAUGCCCUGCCUGCGACAGAUGGGGACAGCACGAGCGCCGAGGGGGUGACAGAGGGUGUCACCGAGGGGUGACACUCAGUGCUGGUGAAAACAGCCCCGUUCCUCAGGGGGUUUUCAUUGCAUGCCUCUGGGAUCGGCAGGAAAAGUUCUUUCCCUGACAGCGCCCAGGACCCUGCUGUGCUCCCAAGGAGACCAAAACACCCCCUGGGGAUGGGCUCAGCCCCACCAGGCUGAGCCCAAAUCCUGCCAGGACGCCGAGGUGCCCCUUCCCCGGGGCUGGGCUCCAGGGGCUGCUGGGCUUUCCCAAGGACUGACUCAGACCGGGAGGGAAACUCGGCUGCUCGCUGUAGGACAGCCCCGCACUGCUGCUGCAGCUCCCGGUGCCACAUGCCCUGAGGACUGCCAAGCCCUAAUGCACCAGGAGGCUUCACCAGAGCCCAGCUCAAAGCCCAGCAUCUCCAAACGGCCUCGUCCCUUUGGCUUUGGAGUCUGCAAGCGCCUCUAAACUGGAAUAAAAACACAAAGGUGAUUCCAGAGGAGGCAGAGCUGGGCAGAUUUAGAGUUCCCAGCUCUUCUCACAGGACCCCCAACUGCAUUUUUUCGUUUGCCCUGGUUUGCAGAAGGCUCCUGGGCACUUGGAAACUGACAGCUUCUCUUUGUAGGUCAGGUAAUAGGGAGGCACUUGAGGUUUGACUCACCCACGAUGAAUGCUUGAUCAGCCCUAAAACCAAACCAGGUCACCUCACCCCGCACGAGAAGCACCAGAGCACUCACUGCUGCUGCUGCUGGCCUGGUUUGGGCUGAAAAACAGCAUUUUGAAGCUUUUACUGAGGGCUCUGGCCUCCCUCCAGGGGAAUUUGCCGUUCCUGACAGCAGGCGAUGCCGCAGCCCAGCCCAUGGCGGGAGCCGGCCAGGCUUUGGUGCUGCCCGUCCUGCUCUGCUGCCUGUGCCCAGGUGCUGCGAACUUCGAGUGCAAGGGGCGCGUCUGGAUCGAGCCCGCGCCCGUGGUGCGGCUGGGCUCCGACAUCUCCAUCGGCUGCCAGUCCUGGCUGGGCUGCCCCUCGCCGCAGCUCCUCAUCCUCCUCAACUACAGCCGGGCCGAGGGCACCCCGCUGGCCCUGCCCGGCGGCGCCGUGCGCCUCCGCCUGCGCCGCUUCCAGAUGCCCUUCGCCACCGUCACCUGCUUCUCCCGCUGCGCCCAGAGGGACCGCCUGGUGUGCGGCACCGAGCUCCGGGCGGGCUACCCUCCGGACCCCCCGGGGAACCUGAGCUGCGCCAUCGCCGAGGGCUCGGAGCGCCUGGAGUGCGGCUGGGAGCCGGGACGGCUCACGCACUUGCCCACCCGGCACAGCCUCCACCUGCGCAGGGUGGUGGCACAGGAUGAGGAGGAUGAGGACGAUGAGGAAGAAAAGACCUUCCCUGCAGACUCACCUGUGUUGCUGAGAGAGCUGCACAAUGGCAGCCAGUACUCGGUGUGGGUGCAGGCCAGCAACGCCCUGGGCACUGCCCGCUCGGCCCCUCAGCACCUCAGCCUGCAGGAGCUCGUGGUGCCUGCUCUGCCCGUGGCCAUCGGCGCCGAGACCACGGACACGUCCCCUGCCAGCACCACCACGCGCUGGAGGAGCCGGACCCGGCUGAGGGACGUGCACUGCCAGGAGAGGCACAGGGCCACGGGCACCCCCACGUGGCACGUGGAGCUGUGCGACAAGGUGACACAGGAGGGUCCCCGCUGGCAGCACGAGCUGCAGAGCGACACCGAGUUCGUGUUCCAGGCCAGGUGUCGGCUCGGGACCGCCCACAGCCCCUGGAGCGCCUGGAGCCCCCCCUUCCUGUACCGCACCCCCGAGGCAGCCCCCGCCGCCGCUCCCGCCGUGUGGCGGCGCCUGGGCCGGGCCCUGCCCAACGGCAGCCACGAGGUGACGGUCUUGAUCAAGCCGCUGGCAGCCCGGGAUGCCCGCGGGAGGAUCCUGGGCUACGCCGUGAGCGCCGAGAGCGCGGCGGGAGCGCGGCCGCUGUGCCUCACCUCCGGCACCGAGUGCACGGUGCUGGUGCCGCCCGGAGCCCGCAGCCUCCUCGUCACCGCCCGCAACUCCAAAGGGGCCUCCAGCCCGGCCAGCAUCCCCCUAACCCGGGCGGCAGCUCAGGAAGAGUUCCCAGCCCCGGAGGCCGUGGAGGUGCAGCCUGAGCAGCAGAGCAGGGUCCUGGUCCAGUGGCAGCGCCCCCAGCCCAGCCAGAGCCCCCUGCUCUGGUUCAUACUGGAGUGGCUCUCCAGCCCCCAGCACGGCCAGCAGGAGCAGUACGGCUGGGAGAGAAUCCCACACCACCAAACACACACCUACAUCCCAGGGGCGGCGGCUCCCCCGCGCGUGUGGCUGUACGCGGUGUAUCCCGGCGGGAUCAGCGCUCCCCGCUCCAGCCCAGCCCCUGCAGAGGAGCCGCUCCUGGGCAGCACCUACAGCCAGAUGUCCCAGGAUGAUGACAUCCCAGUGCUCCUGGGGCUGAGCCUCAGCCUGGUCGGAUUAUCCAUUCUGUUUGCAGUUGUGAUGUUUAAAAAGUCAGUCAGGAAAAGGGUUAAGGCCACCCUUGUGUCCCUCUUGCCAGCCUGGAUGUCUGAGGACUUUCCCCACAUGGAGAACAGCACCGUGGUGAAGUCACUCCAGGACAAGGCUGAUUUCCCCAGUGCCAUCCUCCAGGAGCCCUUCCUGGCCGACCCCGCCGUCACCGACGUCCAGGAGGUGCCGGCGCAGGAGCGGCCCCAGAGCCCGGGCACCGCGGCCAGGGCAGGGGUGGCCGAGCCCAGGGAGGUGCCAAGGAGCCUGGUGGCCCCCAGGACGGCUGUCCCGGGGCUGCUGGGUGCCUACAAACCCCAGCUCUCCGGCGGGAACACUUUGGGCUACGUGGCCGCUGGGAUCUGCCCGGCGCAGCCGCCCGCGGCCAGCCCGCAGCCAGAGCCGGGAAUCUUCUCCCAGGACUACAGCAGCCCCGUCCCCCAGCUGUGGGGGCUGCACGGGGGCACACCCCAGCUCUGCCUGCUGGACAAGAUCAACCUGGUGCUCAACAGCAGCCUGGAGUUCCCGGGGCAGGCGGGGCACGGAUCCGUCCCGGAGCAGCGCUGGGAGCCGCCCGGAGACGGCCCCGAGCAGAUGCUGGUCCCGGAGGAGCUGCUGUCCUGCCUGAGAGCCACCAACAGGGAGCCUGCCUCCCGCAGAGCAUGGCAGGGCUGCUCGGACAGCAGCUGGGACUGGGGAUAAAGCCUGGAGCAGGGACCAAGGCGGGGUCAGCACCGGGAUCGCCAAAGGGAGAGCCAGAGCCAAGCUCCCCGCUGGAAUUUUGCCCUCUUACUCCACUGCAGGUUCUUGUGGCUGCCUGGGAAUCUUGGGCCAGCAAAUCCCAAUUUUAGCCUUACCUGGCACUGGCAGAAGCAAAAAAACCCAUAAAGCUUGGAUUCCUGGGAUGCCAAGCAGGAGAUUCCUGCAGGGUGAAAUAUCUUCAAUUACUGCUCAGCAUCGUCCUCUUGUUAAGGGUUUGGAGCACUUCAUUCCCAAGGGUUUGGAGCACUUCAUUCCCAAAAGUUUGGAGCACUUCAUUCCCAAGGGUUUGGAUCAUUUCAUUCUCAAAUGUUUGGAGCAAUUCGUUCUCAAAUGUUUGGAGCAUUUUCUUCCUGAAAGUUUGGAGCACAUCAUUCCCAAAUGUUUGGAGCACUUCAUUCCUGGAGCUAAUUGCAGCUAAAAUGGAUAAAAAAAUCCCUCAGACAUCCUGGCAGAGAUGUGGGAAAUAUUUUGGGAUUGCUCCUGAUGAGCAGACACCGCAGCAAGGAGGAUUUAUGUGUCACAGUGGUACCAAGAAUAUGGAAUAUUUCCUGUAUUUCUCUUUCCUCCCAUUCCCAAUAAAAACCCACUCAGGUAAGAACACACCUCCAGCUCCUGCCAGGCUGAUUUAAAACCCCUCUGAUCUGGUCACUGGCCAAACCCUUCCCUUUGGGUGAGGGAUUUAUCACCUCUCAGCACCUUGUCACCCCUCAGCCUGGCUGUGGGAAGGGCAGUGUGGCACAGGAAAAUGGGAUUUAUCCAGCACAUGAGCAUGGAUUUGGAUCUUUGGUGAAACACAGCAGCCUCCUUCCCUCAGCAGCCCUGAAACCAUCUCCAGUGUGCUGGGACUUACAAAAUAUUCCCAAAUAUUUUUUUCCCCAAUUGUUCCUAGGCACUGCGAGCAUUUCUCCAUGAGCUGUUGCACAAAUGGAUUAAUUUUGUUGUUUGUCCUCAACAGUCCCAAACCCCCUGGUGUGUGCCAUGCUCACUCCCUCCUGCCCCAGGAAUCCAUCACUGUGUCCAGAGGAGCAGUGAUCUGGCAAGGAGGGGAGGAUUCUUCCUCAGAAGCAGCAAACCAACACAGAAAUGGGAGUGUGGCAUGGCAGUGAGCCAAAACUGAAUUAGAGAGUGCAGCCUGAGCAGGAAGGAAGUUGUACAAGAACACCACAGGACUCUGAGCAGCCCGAGAGUGAGGAGGGGAAGGGUUUUUUUCAGAGUCCACAUCCUGAAACCUGUACUGCUCUUUCACCUGGGCUGCCAAACCUCGGGGGGGAAUGCUCCCCCAGCCAGCAAACAGGGCUGCUCCUGCACUCCAGGAGCUGCUGGGUGCAUUUCCAGCCCCGGGAACCCUGCAAAUCCCCGUGGGCAGAGCAGCACAGCUCCUGUUCUCCCAGCAGCAGGGCAGGGAUGGAGCAUUCCCAGCUCCCAGGGUGGACACCAGAGAGCCACCAGUGCCACCCUCCCCCUGAUCCCCGGGAGAUACAGGGAAUAUUUCUGCUAAUAAAGGGAAUAUUUCUGCAACAGGAAAUAUUUCACAGGUGCCCAGAGCAGCUGGGGCUGCCCCUGGAUCCCUGGCAGUGCCCAAGGCCAGGCUGGAGCAGCCUGGGACAGUGGGAGGUGUCCCUGCCAUGGCAGGGGUGGCACUGGGUGGGAUUUAAGGAUCCCCAAACCAUUCUGGGACUCUGUGAUCCCAAACACCAUCCCAGGCUGCUCCAAACCCCAUCCAACCUGGCCUGGAGCACCUCCAGGGAUGGGGCACCCCAUGAAUCCCAUCUCAGAGUCACUCCCAGCUGAUUUAACUUCUCAGGGUGCCCUCCUUCCCUCAAAUACUGCAAACCCCCUCAUUUUUGGUAUCAGGAUUUUCUAUCCCCUGUUUUAAGCUUGGUUUUACCAUUGGCAGUCAGAUCCAGUGUCAGAGAUUCCCACUUGUUGAUCAGCUCAGGAAUGAAUUCCAUGAUUUUCAUGACCCACAGAGAUGCACCACGGCGCUGUCUCAUCACCACCACAGUUCUAACAACAACAACAAAAAAAAGUCAUUUUAAUAUAAAGGGAAGGAGGGAACAAAUUUAAAGGAAGAAGAAAUUGGGUGCAGGCAGCUCAGGGGGGUUGGAGAGCAGAGAGAGCCACCCACUGCUGCUCUGAACUCCAGACCUUCAGAGCAGGGGGUGUCUGUGUCUACCAGGGGGAGCUCAAGGGGCAAGGAGAGGCAGAGACUCCCCUGGGGGACUUGUUCACCUCCCCAGAAAGUCAGCCUGGAAAUUAUUUAACCUGGAAAGAGACUACAGAAGCAAUAAAUGAAUUUGACACAUAACAAA